GUUUACAAUCUUAUUCUCGUGGCAGGUUAUAUGGUUGCGAAUAGGGUUUUAAGAUGGAAUUUGCACUUGACUGUUACUCGGAUACGAUACCAAUUUUAAUUAGAAGAACGGUUUAUAGUGUAAUUUUCUACUGGGCUUGACCCGUUAAUCAGACAUUACCGUAUUGUCAUAACAUAACGAAGUUAUUUUAAAUACCCGUGUAUUUGAAAAUUUAUAAAUACAAAUAUUAUUGGAUAUACAAUAAGGACCGUUCCUAUUGUGUCGUGUUAUUCAUUUAAAGUUGAUGUGUUCUUUGAUAUAUAAGACUAUUUUCGUAAGCGUCCUUUGUGUGUUUACGUUCAGUUUACAAAAGGAAUUGAAAUUGUUAAGACUGACCUGAAGUCGUGCACUUUAACAAAUUUAAACCGUUGGAAACUAUGUCAUUAGUACAUGCACAUCGGAUAAUUGUGUUGUUUGAUCAUAAUAGUUUAUAAUCGGUUUAUACUAACAUUUGAAUGUGUAUUACGACUUGAACUCGUAUGUAAAUGGAUUUUGGAUAACCGUGAAAUACCGACAUAAAUAUCAAUGUUGAUAAAGUAGAGAAAAAGAUUUUAUCAGCGUAUGAAAUGAUUGAUAUAUUAUGUUACUGAUAAAAAGAUUUGAGCUGUCUUUCAUCGUACAAAGAGACUUUUGAAGCAAUACGUUUCCAGCGCGAAAAUACAUUGUUAAUAUUUAAUGAACAACAAUUCAAUACAGAGACUGUGAUCCAAGUGAAUGUAACGGAAAUACAGGUGUCCUAGUUUUUGUUCAUGUAUUAAGGAGACAAAACGGGAUACUUUUUCUUAUAUACAUAAACAAAAUGGUUCGAUGGAAAUUACUAAGUUAAAAGACAUAAUAAUUGUUGAAAUUACUGUUCUAAACCAAACAAAAUGGUAAAAAUAACUGACUUUCGAUAAAUAUAAACCGGCAAUGUAAGUGCGUGUGUUUUGGAAUUCAGUUUCAAGGAUUUUACAUACGUGUCUAUAAAAGGGUAAUUAUUAUUUCUGACGACCGGGGCAGAGAGAAGAAUGUAGAGAAUGGGGUGUUCAAACUCAACCCCAGUGCACCCUAGCAUUUACAAUGAAACUAUUAAGAAACAAAAUAAUGCGAACGGAGAAAUCAAAGAGAAGGCGCCCAUACAAGAAGUAAACACCAAGUACAUGAAAGGAGAUUUCAGUCAAUACCAGUUGGCUAAACAUAACAGGGAGAAACAUCAGAAAGAACGCCAGAUCAAGCUCUUUCAAGCUGCAGACGAGAUGACGGGCAAAGUGAUGGAGGACCGUGAAAUGUUGUCACUAGGAACCAGAUCUCGUGGUACGUCACGUAACACGUCAAGAGCGACGUCACCAACAAGCAAUAAACGGAACCAGCAACAGAAGGAAGAUCACAUGGUACCAAUGACACCUGUAGCCGAGGACAAGCUAAGCAGAGGAACAUCACUGAAAAGUAUUGACACAACACCAAAGAAGAAACACAAAAAAGAUAAACAGUCGAAAAAUAAAAGUAAAACUAAAAAGCAUCGAAAAGGCAAAAAAUCAAAGAAAGGUAAAGGUAAAUCUUCGGAAGAAAAACAUGACUCUGACAGUGAUUCUGGCCUAGAAGAUGAAAAUGAAGACCACGAAGAACAUUCUGAUGCUGAGAAUGACAAAGAAAAUGAUGAAGUGAAAACUGUCAUAAAUGUGACACAAAAUGAAAAUGCGCAUAACACGACGGAACACUUGAGUAGUAAUACAAAUAUUAAACAUGAAGGUGUUUUGCCUCUUAAGGACGCAAACAGUGCUAUGAGUGUAGAAACACCUUUAGUGUCUAAGAGAAGUGUAAGGGAUAUAAAAAUACAGUCCGCAUCAAAAGAUUCUGGCAUAGCUGAAAGUGGCAUAAACGAAAUAACAAAUCAAUCAACCGAGACUACAGGAACUGAUUUAGAGGACAAUAAUCGAAAUGAUGGUCCAGCUGAAGAGAGGAGUGAUUCUCGAAUAUAGUUUUUGAUUUGAUCAUUUUUCUCUGUUAUUACGUAUGGUAAUUUUUAUGCCUAUUAAUAUUUGAUAUUAACCCCCGGUGUUGAAGACCCGGAAGGCAUAUAGUAUUUGAAAUGUCCGUUCGUUCAUUUUGCCGUACGACUGUCACACUUUCUUUCGUGCUCAAAUCCUCCUGUUUCCAGUCAGUUGAAAUGAAACUUGAAAACCAGGUAAUGGACAUGCGUACACUGUCCAAUCAUAUCAAUCCAGCUGCAUUUUAUUUUGAGUUCGUCCAUCUGAUUUUGUUUAAUGCAUACCUCUAAAACGUGUUUGAACUAGAGUCAUUAAACAUCAUAUAAUUGUUAUUCAGCAUGAGAAAGUGUGCACCUGUGGAUUUAUUUUUGUAUUUCUCCUAGCCAAACAAAAUUAUGGUCUUUGCCUUAGUCAGGCUUAUGCAUGUUACUUAACAUGUGAUGUAUUGUUAUUCAGAAGAAAAAAAUAUGCAAGGGAUAUUACACAGACAGACCACAGUUGCGGCUCUUGGCUUGGUCAAAAUUA